ACAUUCUGUAGCCCCAAAGAGUACCAACAACGCGCCCUUCGCCAGCCCAUAUCAAUGGAUUCUCAGGGCGCCGCCGCCAAUACGCACUUUGACUUCAACGCCAUGGAUUUCGCCGGCUUCACUAUGCCGCAACAGUCGUUCGAUAACAAUGCGACAAAGAUGACCUCUACCGGAGAGGAUAACACUUCUCCUGCCUUCUUCUUCGCUGAUGAGGGCAUCGAUACCACCAGCGACUCCUUUGGCCAAGCAGCCUUCGGCAACGUCUUGGCUGGUCUGGAUGAUAUCGAUUUUGGCUUGCAGCAGCCUCUCGGUUUGGAUAAUACCUCCGGAGGUGCUUCAUGGGUAGAUCAGUCUGUACAUGUCAACCAAACAUUCCCUCCUACUCCUACACAAUCUUUCGAUACCAUGUACACCCCGCAAAUAAAUACGAAUGCGUUGGGUAAACGUCCUUUGCAACUUGAUGUGCAAGACUUCCCUCAGUCCAAACGCCAUCAAGGCAACGAUCUGGGCUUCUCGCCCUACCCAUUGAGUGUCGCGUCGAGCUGGGCUGUCGACACUCAACCAACCACUCAAUCAACACCUUCUAGCUCUGUCGAACCCGUAGGGCUCAGCGAUGAAGCUGCCGAUGUGUGUGCGACGUGGUUUAGCAAGUACAAUGUGCUUCCAAGUGAUAGGCACAUCGAUUCACUAUCACAACUAACAGGCGAGUCUGCCACGGCGAUUCGACAAUGGUUCGGACAGGCGUUGAAGCAGGGUCUUGGCCACGAUUCUGCAUACAAGUCACUGACCAGUGGCUUCACGCAAUCACAAGAUGCACGUUUCCACCAAACCUCUCAAACUCUACCGGAAGCUGCCGACCAGAUCACUAUCCCAGAUCUUCUUCCCCUCUCUGACACUAUUCAAACGACUGCGACAACUACCGUCCAAGGCCCUCUGAGGGGUGGCCGUAAAGGCUGCAACCCCACAGACGAUCCCGAGUUGUUGAAGCGGGAUCCAAAGAAAAUCUAUCAAUGCACACGCAAGUGUGGCAAACGCUACGGAAGGAAAUGCGACUGGAAGCGCAACGAAGAGGAGGGUUACCCCUCCAAAUCCUGGAUAUGUUCGCUGUGCAUCGAGCAGGGGGUUGAGCGGGUAAAGCCCUGCUUCAGGAAAUAUCACUUCUCCCAACAUUUCCGCAACGUUCAUCCCGGCGUGGACUGCAAUAACUACGAGGAGGCUAGCGUGGUUCACUCCGAUACCGCUUUCCCUAGGAAGUGCGGCUUCUGCACUCACCGUUUCACAUCCCGACAAGAUCGUAUCGAUCACAUCGCAGAUCACUUCAAGGAUGGAAAGAGCAUGCUCGAGUGGAACGACAACGACAGCAAUGACUCCGACAACACCGAUGAUGACGAUGACAACAACGAUGGACGACCCGACAAUGGGGAUUCUAGUGAUGAUCAGCCCUUCUUCUCGCCUGGCAAAGAUGACCAGUUCGGUGGGUCUGGUUCUAAGGACGGUGGUAAUGGUGGUGGUGGUGGUAGCAGCUCUGGUUACCAACAACAACCUGACAGCUUCUUUGAAUUCCAACUUUCGCAAUUCAACUCCGCCACCUGUAGCAACACCGCAUCAGAUGAUGGUGCCCUGCUUCGCCCCGACAAGCCGUGCGUUCCUAGUGCCCAACACCCACAUGGCAACUCGGAAGCAGCCUCGAGAGAAACACAGCGCAUUAUCUCAUCGCCGGAGACAACAGACAAGAAUAUUAAUUGUAGAGAUUCCAGCGAAGACACGUUCGUCUGGGAAGAUACGAAGCUGGGAGAACGACGCUCAAGGCAGCCUGAGCCGAUCGCGGCAAAGGAUGUGGACCCGACGCUUGUGGCCCGAGAUGCUUUCUCCAAGUCCGUCAUGAAGAUGCCUAACCUGGGAGGUAUUGAUCUAGAGUCGCUCAGUGGGCCGAAGAUUGAUGGCAAUGGCAAUUCGACUGUUCGUGCGCUGAACGCAUUGCUUACGCUAUUGAACCCCAUACCUAGAGCGGCGCCAGCACUUCCACCACCUCUCCCACCAUCGGACGGCCUAGGAGACUCGACGAAUUUGUGGUUGGGGUCUGAGCGGUCAUUCCUGGAAGGACUGAUCACAUCUCAGAAUAUUGUAGCGAAGCCACUGAACACUAGUCUACAGCAAUACUGGAAGGGCAUCACAACAUUGCUCGACCAACAAUCGUUUACUAGCAUCAAACUCCUUGGGACUGGCGGGUUUAGUACUGUGGAUGAAGUUCUUCAUCGCGGUACAAGCCUUCGCAUCAGUCGCAAGACACUCAAGAACCGUCGCCAAUCAGCCAUCGACGAGCUGAAGAAGGAAGUGAACGUCCUUCAGAAACUCCGCCACCCGCACGUCAUCCGAUUCCUCGGAGCAUACUCCAAGGACGAUAAGCUAUCGAUCCUUCUCUCCCCGGUUGCUGAAACUACGCUCGCAGGAUGGCUCGACCAGAAGGGGCUCGAGAAACCGUCUGGCCUCGCUGAGACCAUCGUGAAGAUGCUUGGCUGCUUGUCAUCUACACUCCGCUAUCUUCACGAGCAACGCCCUGUUGUGAAGCAUAUGGACAUCAAACCACAGAACAUUCUUGUCAUGCACGGCAAUCAAGAAUUCCCUCAUGUGGUUCUCAGCGACUUCGGUAUCAGCUCGAUCGAAGAGACGAAGCUGGAUGAUAAACACAAGCCAAUUACACGCCAGUAUUGUGCCCCCGAAGUAUCAGGAGGGACUCAAGGUGAGCAAGCUGCUGACAUUUGGAGUCUUGGAUGUGUCUUCGCAGAGAUGGCAACAGUUGCCUUCAGCUCGGACAACCCUCACUGGCACAAGUUCCGCAGCCAGUACCAUGGACGCAAGACCAGCUACUACUGGCAGGAUAUUCCCGCUUUGCAAGAUUGGUUUUCGAAGUUCUUCGAAGAAUCAUCCAGCUCCGCGGAAACCACCGUUGUGCAAACCGUCAAGUCAAUGCUGAGUGCCAAUCCAGCCGAGAGGCCUGACGCAGCUACGUUGACAAUGAUCUUCACACCCGCACCUUGCUGUCUGAGCUGGCCUAAUGAACAAGCCUGCUACCCCGGGCCCGAUCAGGAAAUCGAAGCUGCAAAGAUGUACGCUGAUGACUCCAGCCCCGACCACAAUCAUGUGCACGUCGACCAGUCUUCGGUUGGAGUCUCUGAGACAUAUGCACAAGUUGCAGAAUGGCUUCAUGAAUGUACAACCGAACAUGAAGCCUGUCAACAACAGCAACAGCAGCAGCCAGGAAGUAUCAAGGUAUUGCCUACACGCUUGAUUGACAUUCGUCCCGACGGGGUUGAAGGUGCAGAUGUUCGAAUCCUGAACAGCGCGCAACUUGGAAAGAAGGCAACUUCUUACGCUGUUCUGAGUCAUACUUGGAACGAAACGGAUGCCACACUGACUACAGAUCGUAUCAAAGCCGGUCGGGUCGACAUCCCUCGCGCUUCACUGUCUGCAAAUGUAGAGAAUGGCAUCGCAGCCUUACAGCGGAUGGGUUAUCGCUAUGCCUGGAUCGAUUCACUUUGCGUCUUGCAAGAUUCUGCACAAGACAAGGAACGUGAGUGCAUCGCCACGGCAGACGUAUAUCGUAACGCGGACCUCACCGUCAUGCUCGAUCGACCCGACUGUACUUCUUCGCCCUUGCAAACUAUACACACUGUCGACGACGGUUGUUGUAGUAGCAGUAGAAGUACGUGCAGUGAAGUAAAGGAUGCCUGGGAGUCGCAGGGUGCACCAUCCAAGAUGCAUCCUGCUACUGCUGUCGCAACCCCGACAUUCGAAUGGGGCACGCCUGGCUUCUCGUGGGAUACUAGGGCCUGGUCACUUCAAGAACGCCUCCUCUCCCGACGGAUCCUGCAUCUCAAUGCGCCACAAGUAUACUGGGAGUGUAACGGACUGAAAGCCAGCGAGACCUUCCCGCGCGGUCUGCCGCCUCUGCUCUGGGAGAAGGUACAUACCAAAGCCGCCGCCCCGCCAGCUGGAGCCUUUGAAGAGCAUCUCUGGAACGUCAAGUCCAGCCAGGAUGGGCCUACCACGGACAACGCGCCGUCCAGUGAAGGAAGUUGCGUUGUCGCUAACGGUGAGAAUGAGGGAAGCGUCGACUCUGCUGCCACCAAGAGCUUGAAAACGUGUCAGUGGAUCAAGAAGGAAGGAGAUGGUAUCGGCGAUUCCAUGGAAGCCGCGCAGAUGUCCAUCACGCUCAACGCUGCAAACAUGCCGAUGGUUACUGCCGCGCAGAUGUCUCUGGCUCUGCAAGCUGCUAAUGUCUUGUCAUCGCAAGAUGAUGAAGCGUCGAUCCUCAUCGAGAAUAGGGACAAUCCGUCCUGCAUUGUGCCGACUUCUAAUCCGAGCGUCGAUGACGAACAUUUGAGUGUCUUCCGUCAUCCGCAAGCGUCACCAGAUACGGAAGGUAUCUGCGCGAAGCACCUUCGACACGACAAAGUGGAUGCUGGCGUUGAUCCUACUGCUGGUACCCGAGGACUGCUCAAUGAGGAGGAUAGCACCAUGCGAUAGUACUGGUUGAAAAGCGUGGGCUUAUUAUUCUGUGUUUUUCAUUGUUUUAGGUAUAGAGUACAUGCUUAUAUAUCUUCUUCUUCUUCUCCUUCUUUUCCCCUUUGUACAUGCAACUCGCUUCAUUCGAAUCCGCGUUUUCACUCAAGUAAUCAAUCAAUCCAUUCUGAUUUUGACCCUAUUUUUUCUUUUCCUUCCAUUGGCUUUUUUUUUUUUGCUUUGUUGAUAAUCGACUAACUGCAGUGCUAACUAAUACCUUCCAAAAUCGAUUAUUCAUGUAGGUCUAUGUCUGCUACAUCUAUACUCCUGCCACUCUUCCUCUUUUCCUCCUUCCUUCCUUCUCUCUCCUCAUAUCCCCCCCUCCCUACUUAAACGCCAUGUGAUCCCCCCCAACUUUCUCACCUGGCCCCAUCCAAACACGCUGCAAAACUUCUCUCCAGCACACUUCAUUUAGUUUGGUUCCGGGCUGCUGUGACCUUCCUUCCCCCUCCAU